AUGUCGGAGGUGGAGAAGCAUAACGCGGAUAUGGAGAAUCGAGGAGGAGGAAGCUCAUCGAACUCAGGGGAUAUGUUUUCUCCCUUUUUGGCCGGUGAUAUUUCGUAUGAUGUUGCUGUGCACGAUGACGCUGAGGAGGUGGUUGAGGAGACUGUUGUGCAUGAUAGUUCGCAGGAUAGCUUGCAGGAUAGAGGCGUUGAUGAGACUGCGUCACAGGAUCUUCCGUCGCUUGAUCUCUGCGGUGAGUCACUGGCAGGUGAUGGCAGGUCGGGGCAGGAGACUGUCCUUGGGGAGCCCGUGAGGCAGACCCUAAAGGCCCAGGAGCUCUACGAGGGUCCCGCUGUAUCCGUUUCGCAUGUGUCAUCGUUGUCUGGGUGCGAGAAGGAUGAGAAGGACGAAGUGGAGGAGGAUGAGGAUUCUUUGCAGCACAAUCAAGCACCCGAUGCAAUCGUUAUCGUUGAAACAGCUAUAGAGCUCGUGCCGACAAACUUUUGUCACAGAAAAUAUUGCUUUGAACGGCCGAUUGUUACGGACAAGCAUGCCAUCGCUUCUGCCUGGCAACAGUGGCAACGUGGUUUGGAUCCCGGACCCUACACGGACCCCCUCACACAUUUCAAGAGUUGA